AUGGAACAAUCUAGCGACCAGGAGGAAUUAGCGAAACUGACAGCAUUUACCAUCACUGAAACUGGCGAGUAUAAAUGCAUUGGGUCCAAAUGCAAAACUCAGCCAGUCUUUAAGCGAAAAUGCGAUUUAACGUACAACAACCACCGCCGACCCCGCGAAUGUCCGAACUGCACCUACAAAGCCGCAGAAGUCAAAGACCUCCACCGUCAUUUGUGGACGCAUCACCCCGGCUAUGCUCACGACAACAAAAUUCCUGAGGAGAAAACGAAGUGUGAUUACCCGGGUUGCGACUACAGAGGGAGAAAGGAUAAUGUGCAAAGGCACAAGGCUGCUCAUGAUAAGAAACAGGCUUGA